AGGGUGCAGGAAUAGGGCAAGAUGGCGGCCGCGGCGGUGAUUGAGUUCCAGAGAGCACAAGAAAUGCUGGUGUCUGACCGGGCGGCGAGUAUAGACAUCCUGCAGUCUAUAGUGAAGCGAGACAUUCAGGAGAGCGAUGAGGAGGCAUUACGAGUCAAAGAGCAAAGCAUCCUGGAGUUGGGUGGGCUUUUGGCCAAGACAGGACAAGCUGCAGAACUUGGCGGUCUCCUGAAAUAUGUGCGCCCAUUUUUGAACUCGAUCAGCAAGGCUAAAGCAGCCAGACUUGUGCGGUCCCUUUUGGAUUUGUUCUUGGACAUGGAGGCAGCAACAGGACAGGAGGUGGAGCUGUGCUUGGAAUGUAUUGAGUGGGCAAAAGCUGAAAAGAGGACCUUUCUACGCCAGGCACUGGAGGCUCGGCUCGUAUCGCUCUACUUUGACACUAAACGUUAUCAAGAAGCAUUGCAGUUGGGUUCACAGCUAUUAAGAGAAUUAAAAAAGAUGGAUGAUAAGGCCCUCUUAGUGGAGGUUCAGCUACUGGAAAGCAAGACCUACCAUGCUUUGAGCAAUUUACCCAAAGCUCGGGCAGCACUGACUUCCGCACGGACCACAGCUAAUGCCAUCUACUGCCCUCCCAAACUGCAGGCUGCUCUGGACAUGCAGUCAGGUAUAAUCCAUGCUGCGGAGGAGAAAGACUGGAAAACAGCUUAUUCUUACUUUUAUGAGGCUUUUGAAGGGAACGAUUCCAUAGAUAGUCCCAAGGCUAUAACAGCCCUGAAAUAUAUGCUGCUGUGCAAGAUCAUGCUAAAUACCCCAGAGGACGUGCAGGCCUUAGUGAGUGGAAAGCUGGCCUUGCGCUAUGCGGGACGGCAGACAGAAGCACUGAAAUGCGUGGCACAGGCUAGUAAGAACCGCUCACUCGCCAACUUUGAGAAGGCACUGACAGAUUAUAAAGCAGAGUUGAGGGAUGAUCCCAUUAUCAGCACACAUUUGGCCAAGCUGUAUGACAACCUACUAGAGCAGAACCUUAUCCGGGUGAUUGAGCCAUUCUCCAGAGUACAGAUUGAUCACAUAUCUAGUCUUAUCAAGCUCCCAAAGCCCGAGGUAGAACGCAAACUCUCCCAGAUGAUCCUAGACAAGAAAUUUCAUGGAAUCCUGGAUCAAGGAGAAGGUGUUCUAAUAAUUUUUGAUGAACCGCCAGUAGAUAAAACAUACGAAGCUGCUUUGGAAACCAUCCAGAAUAUGAGCAAAGUGGUUGACUCUCUGUACAACAAGGCCAAAAAACUCACAUAGAUCCUCCAGAGCGACCAGCCCAUGAUGGUAUCUCAGCAGCAGGAGCACGAGACCUCUUUGGUGGGGUGGUUAAAUGGGGAUGGCUGAGGGGAGCCCUUUAUUUUUCUUCCCUCUUUGUAACAUUUUUAUUUUCAUCUGCGCAGAACCUAUAUGUCCUGCCCUCUUCCUUUGGCUCCCCAUUCUACCCCAGGCUCACUCAAAUUCCAAAUAAAGUGAUUGGCAAGAUAAAAAAAAAAGGUGGGGGCGGGGGGAGUUAGGAGGGGCAGGGCAAACCUACACAUACACACACAAUUGCUUGUUUUAUAGGACUUUAUGUACACACCUGAAAAAUUGUGGGACAUUUGCUCCCUCUUAAAUGACCUGUCACCCCUAGGUCCUAGAGCCCUCCAGCCCUAAUUCCCACAGUCAUGGACCGAUGGGCAGAAUUCAUUAACAGCUGCUUGUAGAUUUGCUGAGCACCCUAAAAUACAGGAUAUUCUCAGUGAUGGCAGGGUUCUGGGCUUUAGGUAGCCCCUGGGGGUCAGAAAUCAUUUUUUUUUUUGUGGUGGGGUGGGAGGAGACUGCUGCUUCUUAAAAACCUAAAUGGAACAUAUACCUGAUUAUAAAAGGAAUACAAUUAGCAUUAUGUACUGUAAGUACUUUGCUAUAUGGCACUUGAUUUCAUAGGUGCAGCCAGGGCAAAGAGCAUUUAUUAUUGUAUUUACUGUUGGAUGAAUUAGCCCUGUUUCACCAAAAAUAUUAAAUGCAAGUAACAAACUUAUUGCUGAAAUUCAAUGCUUGCGCAUCACUAGUAACAUAGGAGAAGCAGAGAGCUCAGCCAGGGCCCUUUCCCUUACCAUUGCAGCCUGCAGUGUCACUGAAUAUGAAUAUACAGUAUAAUAACUCUGUUAUAGGCACAAUAAGCCCCUACUCAUACAGUGAUUAAGGAUGAAACAUGAUUUAUAAGGCAUUUCCUGCACCAAAGCAGCAGCCACCGCCAUGUUGCCUCUGGGGGAGGUGGGUAAUGCAGUAUGGGUUUUAUUAGGGUCCAUUUAGUAUAGAGAUGAAAGACCUCCUUGUGAGGCUGAGUUAUUACUUUAGGUAUAUGUUCCUUUUAAGUAAAGUAGCUUGCUGCCUGUAGGGGAGGAAAAAAAAAAAAAAACACUGCAUCCAUCCCCACUCCCCUUCCCCAAUCAUUAACGUCCCAUCUUCCAAUGUCCUCUUCUUGCUGAUGUCCUGUUACUCUUAGGGUUUUGAUAAUGCCAUAAGGAGGUGCAGUUUCCACCCAGCUGAAACCAGAGUAUAUCUGAUGUUCAGAUGUGUUCCAAUAAAAUAUUUUUUUUUUUUCUCGUUGGGGUUUUCAAAACAUUGCUGUGUCCUCCUCUCUUACUUUCUGAUCCUCUACCGCUUGGCUUGACCUUU